UACUUGCUUUGCUUUAUUAGGCCCUAGGAGCCGUAUCUGUUAGGCAGCUGUUAGCUGCGACUCUUUCCUAGGUGACUGGCCGGCGGGGCCCGUAGGCAUAAUGGCGUGGCGCAAUGCCCUCUCCAAGAGCAUGCAGGAGCUUAGAAUCCACUUGUGCCAGUCAUCACCAGCAAGCCAGGGUGUGAGGGAGUUUGUCGUGGCUAACUAUGCCGAAAUCAAGAAGGCAAACCCUCAGUUCCCCAUCCUAAUUCGGGAGUGCGCUGGUGCGGAGGCAAAGCUGACGGCCCGCUAUGACUUUGGCGUGGAGAAGUCUGUCAGCGUGCAGGGCGCAAACCCUGCCGCGGUCCUCUCGCAGCUCCAAGAGCUUAUCAAGGCGGGCGAGGCGAUGCCAAAGUCCGGGGAGUAAGUGGCUCGACAAGCGGCCUUACUGCAGCUUGCAGGGGGAACUGGAGAGCAGGCGCCAGGGAGCUGGGCCGCUGGACUGGCUCUUAGGGCGCGCUAAAGCAUUACCCGUACAUGGUGGCGUGGAAGACGUCUGUUAGAGACGAGAUGAGAGGGAGUCGGAGUUACACGGAGCUUGGUUUUGGAGGCUCUAGUUUACGUGCGUGUUUCUGGUGGCGGUCAUGGUGCUAUGGUGCUUUGCUUAUGGUGUGACUUCUAGGGGACAGGCACUGUGCUGUCAAAAUCUGGAACGCAUCAGAAAACAAUGUGUCCCAAUUCGGUUGAUUCCGGUUUGCAACGCAACAAGUUGGUUC